UUUAAUUAUAUUAAUAGAUCACUCUCUCUAUAUAAAGACCUUGUCUUCAUCCUUCCUCUUGCUAGAAAAAAUCUCUAUUUUCCCCUUGAGAAUCUAUACCUCAAGGUAAGAAUUUCUCUGGCUUUUAACCCAUAAUUUGUCGAAUUUUCUUUUCUUUUCUAUGCACCAAAAGAUCUUGGUCACUUCAAGUUUUUCUGUUUAUUUGAUGGGAAAGUGGAGUUUUUCUUGACAAUUUCUCUUGUUCUUUUAAUUCAACUACACUCGUCUGUUUACUUAAAUGACACAAGGAUCCCACUGUUUUCACAAAACUGCAGCAAAUUCUUCAUAAAAUUUUUCAUAUUUGGGGAAAGCAAUCCUUAGUCCUCUACUUCCUCCACAAGGAAAGCUUCAUCUCGUCUAAAACAAGCCAAAGAUUCAAAUUUUCCGUCAAAUUUGCAAUUUUUCCGGAUACCCAUUUCAGUUCUCUACCUAACUUGACUAGAGAAAACAAAUUUGACUUCGAUUUGCUCACUAAAUGUCCUCAAAAUCCUACUCAAACCUGCUUGAAUUGGCCUCAGGGCAGUCCCCAUCAAUGAACAGAAUUACCCGCCGUCUCCCUCGAGUCAUGACGGUCUCCGGCAUAAUCUCUGAUGCUGAAUCCAACUCCGAUUCUGAGACUGAAUCUAUCGACUCUCCUUGUUCCCCUCGCCCUCGAACCAUCGUCGUUGCCAAUCACCUCCCCAUUCGAUCCCAUCGAGGCCCCGAUGGCUGGACCUUCAAACUAGACCAUGAUUCCCUCCUACUCCAACUGAAAGAGUCAGUCUCAUCCAUGGAGUUCAUCUUCAUUGGCUGUCUUCGUGAAGAAAUCCCCGUCUCGGACCAAGAAGAAGUUGCCCAGACCCUUCUUGAUUCCUUCAACUCCGUGCCCGUGUUCCUUCCUGGUGAUCUGUACACCAGAUUCUAUCAUGGGUUCUGCAAGAACCACCUUUGGCCUUUGUUCCACUCUCUCCUCCCAUUGUCCUCUACUAGAUUCGAUCGAACUUUGUUCCAAUCUUAUGUCUCGGUCAACAAGAUCUUCGCGGAUAAGAUCCUUGAGGUCAUCAAUCCCGAUCACGAUUUCGUUUGGGUUCAUGAUUAUCACCUCAUGAUCCUUCCCACGUUCCUCAGGAAGAGAUUUAAUAGGGUGAAGCUCGGGUUUUUCCUUCAUUCACCAUUCCCAUCAUCCGAGAUUUAUAAGACUCUGCCUGUUCGAGAGGAGAUCCUGAGGGCGCUCCUCAAUUCGGAUUUGAUUGGGUUUCAUACGUUCGAUUAUGCUCGGCAUUUCCUUUCAUGCUGUAGUAGAAUGCUUGGAUUGACUUAUGAGAGCAAGAGAGGGUAUAUUGGAUUGGAGUAUUAUGGUCGAACUGUUACAAUCAAGAUUUUGCCCGUUGGUAUUCAUAACGGGCAGCUUCAAUCUGUUUUGAGAUUACCCGAGACUGAAUCGAAGGUUACCGAGCUCAUCAAGCAGUUCUCUGAUAAGGGGAAAGUUUUAAUUUUGGGCGUCGAUGACAUGGAUAUUUUCAAAGGAAUCAACCUGAAACUUCUCGCAAUGGAGCAACUUUUAGUAGAGCAUCCAGAGUGGCGUGGAAAAGCAGUAUUAGUUCAAAUUGCUAAUCCAGCAAGAGGAAAGGGAAAGGAAAUCAAAGAAGUUCAAGCUGAGAGCUAUGCUAUGGCGAAAAGAAUCAAUGAGGCCUUUGGGCAGCCGGGAUAUGAACCCGUAGUUCUCAUAGAUAAACCACUUCAAUUCUACGAAAGAAUGGCAUAUUAUGUAAUGGCUGAAUGUUGCUUGGUGACAGCGGUAAGAGAUGGAAUGAAUUUGAUUCCAUAUGAGUACAUCAUUGCCCGGCAAGGGAAUGAGGAACUGGAUAAAAUCUUAGGUUUAGGUUUAUCAAAGCCAAAGAAGAGUAUGCUCGUUGUUUCAGAAUUUAUUGGCUGCUCACCUUCUCUCAGUGGAGCAAUUCGGGUCAAUCCAUGGAACAUUGAGGCUGUGGCUGAUGCAAUGGACUAUGCGUUGGACAUGGCUGAGCCUGAGAAGCAACUGAGACAUGAAAAACAUUAUCGAUACGUUAGUACUCAUGAUGUUGGCUAUUGGGCAAAGAGUUUCUUGCAGGAUUUGGAGAGGACUUGCCGAGAUCACAGUAGUAGGAGGAGUUGGGGAAUUGGGUUUGGAUUGAGCUUUCGAGUUGUUGCUCUUGAUACGAGCUUUAGAAAGCUUUCAAUGGAGCAUAUUGUUUCGGCUUAUAGGAGGACGAAGAUAAGAGCGAUUCUUUUGGAUUAUGAUGGAACUCUCAUGCCACAGACUUCCAUAGACAAGAGUCCUAGCUCUAAGUCCAUUGAAAUCCUGAAUAGCUUGUGUAGAGAUCAGAAUAAUUUGGUGUUUAUUGUUAGUGCAAGAAGCAAGAGGACUCUGAAUGAAUGGUUUUCUCCUUGUGAGAAUCUUGGGAUGGCGGGAGAACAUGGAUGCUUUCUUAGGUGGAAGAGGGAUGAGGAGUGGGAGACUUGUGUUCCUGGAUCUGAUUGCAGCUGGAAACAGAUCGCAGAGCCUGUGAUGAAGUUAUACACUGAAACAACUGACGGUUCCACCAUCGAAGAAAAGGAGACUGCCCUUGUUUGGUGCUAUGAGGAUGCUGAUCCCGAUUUUGGCUCUUGCCAGGCCAAAGAGCUCCUUGAUCACCUCGAGAGUGUACUUGCUAAUGAGCCUGUUUCUGUGAAGAGUGGUUCCCAUAUCGUGGAGGUUAAGCCACAGGGUGUAAGCAAGGGCCUUGUAGCUGAACGCUUGCUCUCAACCAUGAAAGAAAGGGAUCAAGUCCCUGACUUUGUGCUCUGCAUUGGAGAUGAUCGAUCCGAUGAGGACAUGUUCGAGGUUAUAAGCACGGCCAUCACUGGGCCUUCUCUGACUCCAACAACCGAGGUUUUUGCAUGCACGGUCGGUAGGAAACCAAGCAAGGCUAAAUAUUAUCUCGAUGAUACAGCUGAGAUUGUUAGAUUGAUGCAAGGUUUGGCUUCAGUCUCCGAGCAAUCACUUGGAAGCUCAGACUAAGAGGCCGUAUCGAGUGUUAGGUUCAUGUUGUAGUGUAGGCAGAGCUUUUUCAUCUUGAUUUCCUAGGUUUUUGAGAUUGUAUAUAAGACUUGUUGUGUAAUUGUUGUGUAUAUAUGGAUACUUUUGAGGCCAUUGUUGUCUUGAAAAUUAUGAACAAGCAUUUGGUUGUUUUACUUGCUAA